ACAGCAAAUCUUUUAAUGAAACAUGGAAUACGGAAAACAAAAAACUUCAGUUGGUGCUUUAGUCUCAUCUGAAAUUCUACAGGCAUGUAUCUUAUAAGCAGUAGAUGGCAGAAUUUUAAGCCAAUCUGAGAGUCUCUGUUUUUCAGUAGAAAUUGCAAGCAUUACUUUUUACUUCUACUUGCUACUGGAUGUUCAGCCAUUGAAAUUGAAGGUCUUUCAAUUGAAGAAAUAAAUCAAGAAGAAGAACCCGAGGCUCAUGUGCUCCUGAGCUGCCGUGAAUGGCCCUGGCACUCCUGACCACCCUUGCGGGUAGGAUGUCGCUGAGAUCCCUGAAGUGGAGCCUCCUGCUGCUGUCGCUUUUGAGUUUCCUGGUGAUAUGGUACCUCAGUCUUCCCCAGCACAAUGUGAUAGAACGUGUGAACUGUAUGUACUUCUAUGAGUAUGAGCCCAUUUACAGACAAGACUUCCACUUCACACUUUGAGAGCAUUCGAACUGCUCUCAUCAAAACCCAUUCCUUGUCAUCCUGGUGACCUCAUACCCCUCAGAUGUGAAAGCCAGGCAGGCCAUUAGAGUUACUCGGGGUGAAAAGAAGUCUUGGUGGGGAUAUGAGGUUCUUACAUUUUUCUUAUUAGGCCAACAGGCUGAAAGGGAAGACAAAAUGUUAGCACUAUCCUUAGAGGAUGAACACCUCCUUUAUGGUGACAUAAUACAACAAGAUUUUUUAGACACAUACAAUAACCUGACCUUGAAAACAAUUAUGGCAUUUAAGUGGGUAACUGAGUUUUGUCCCAAUGCCAGGUAUAUCAUGAAGACGGACACUGAUGUCUUCAUCAAUACUGGCAAUUUAGUGAAGUAUCUUUUAAAUUUAAACCACUCAGAAAAGUUUUUCACAGGUUAUCCUCUAAUUGAUAAUUAUUCCUAUAGAGGAUUUUACCAAAAAACCCAUAUUUCAUACCAGGAGUAUCCCUUCAAGGUGUUUCCUCCCUACUGCAGUGGGUUGGGUUAUAUAAUGUCCAGAGAUUUGGUGCCAAGAAUCUAUGAAAUGAUGAGUCAUGUAAAACCCUUCAAGUUUGAAGAUGUUUAUGUCGGGAUCUGUUUGAAUUUAUUAAAAGUGGACAUUCAUAUUCCAGAAGACACCAACCUUUUCUUUUUAUAUAGGAUCCAUUUGGAUGUUUGUCAACUCAGACGCGUGACUGCAGCCCAUCGCUUUUCUUCCAAGGAAAUUAUCACAUUUUGGCAGGUUAUGUUAAGGAAUACCACAUGCCAUGAUUAA